GGGACAAGGAGGUAGGUUUGAUUUGGCGGAGUCAGUGUAGAAAGUUAUCCUACUCUCUAUGGGUGAAUAUUUUGUACCAAUAAACAUCAUGAAGUGAGCUACCUGAUACUAAGUGAUAUGCUUAAUAGUAAAAAUCUCUCACAUUGUUAAAACGUGCACAUGAAGAUCUGUAUUCCUAGGAUCCCCUUUGUUCGCCUUUAUAAAGGCGAUAUAUAUAUUGUUUGAUUGGCUUAACAAUACACACAGUUAAUCGUGAAAAUCUAAGAGAAAUAAAAUGCAAGGCUAUGCUUCUUAUUCUGGAGGCCCAGUUGGGUUUGGUGACCCCAACAGCAAGUAUAUUUCGAGUACUGAACGCAGCAACGUAAUUUCAAAAUUUGUACAGGAGAAACUUAUUAGUGAAUUAUGUGUAGAAGAGUGGAAAGAUUGGCGAAAGUGCAUACGAGGAAGACGAGGCGAGUGGUUCGGUACCUGGAAAUGCAAACCCAAAUAUCAGAUAUUUGAACAGUGUCAGAUGAGGUACCUUCUAGACCUAGAUGAACUAAAAAAAUUUGAAGAGGAAUACUUAAGUAUGCGUAGUGAAUAUCGGAAAACUGGUGUGGGUCGCGCUUUCAUGACGAAAGAACGAAUACAAGAACUGUGCGAGUUGUAAAUGCCCCCUUUUAUAACUGUAGCACACUCCAGUUCAUAAAUAUAUAUAUAUAUAUAUAA